GGUACCUUGCGCUCUGAACUGUAAUGGCGAACCCCAUAAGAAAUACGUGAAUGGGGCUUUGACAUGUCGAAUGAAGGGGGUCUAGUGAACGUAAAACAUGGCGGCCCCCAAUGUAGUACACAUGUGCCGGGUCUGGAUGUAAACAUAGACCUACCAGAUGCGUUCUCAAUUAAAAACGAGCUUCUCACGGAAGACCAACUUGUUGAACAUCAAAAAGGAAUACAAAAUGGCGACAACUUACAGUUUCUAUCAUCGCCAUCGGACGUAGAUUUAGAUAGUUACGAAAGGGCUGUAGUUGAAAACAAUACAGAAUGGUUGAAGUCGCGAUGCAGAAAUAUAGAGGCUAUAGAUUUUGACAUUCCAACAAGUGGCAACGAUGGAAUUGAAUUGUUCGGUACAUCGCUAUCGGACACGACAGAUUUGCCACUAUGUGCUGAGGGAUCAGUCCUUCCAUUGGAAACGUCAAGUUUGCUGCUGGGAGGGACAAAUGGGUCCCUGUUGUCGACCGCAAGCUCUGGAGGAAUCUCUGGGUCUAAUUCCAGUAUGGCUUCUAUAUUUUCUCAAUCCCAGUCUACUGGUUGCAGUACAAGUAUUUCGGAAAAGGAUGUCUCAAUAUUUGAGGAUAAAAAUAACAUGUUAAUGACUUCCCAGGAACUUGAAAGUAUGCCUGACAGGGGAUUAGAGUUUGAAGCUUCAGUAGGCCCAAAGAGUUCCAACUCGGACAUUUUCUCAAAGUCAACCACUGACAUUACUUCAUCUGUUUCAUUAUUAAAAAGCAAGACUCAGCAAGUCACUAAACUAGCACAAUCAGUUGGUGCUUCGAACAGUGCAAUAACUGUAACUAAUAGUAAACUGAAUGUGGUUCAAGUUCAGCAACCCAUGAACAUGCAUACUGUCGCACCAACAAGUCUCACAUCUGGCACUUUACAGAUUGUGCCGAAUCAGCUCAUCACCAUUCAAAACCCAAAAACGGGUGGAAAUAGUGACAAACAGGCCCCAGAAAUCAAGUUUGUACCUGUACAGAAUACCACUCAAAUUCUAGUGAACACCAGCCAGGGGCAGCAACUCCUGCACAUCAACUCCAAUCAGCUCCCUGGGAGUGAUUCCAUGACGAGGCUUGUACCUGUCAAUCAGAUGGCGAAGAAUGUGGACAACUCUAAAGCCCAACCCAUUCAAACUGGAUUCCUGAUUUUGCCAGCUAACCCAGGAGGAAGUACCAUUCUAACCACAAAUUCUGGUGAAGCAGGGGGUCAGACGAUGAUAAACGUGGACAACUCCAUUACAAAGCCUCCCAUGUUCUUGAAGAAUCCCACUGGAGGGCCCCACAAGUGGGUGUACAUGUACCUUUGUACUCAUCCAGGAUGUGACAAAAUUUUCAGGAAGCUUUCAAAAAUGAGGAUACAUCUGAUGAGUCACACAGGGGAAAGACCUUUCAAGUGUAGCAAACCAGGCUGUGAUUGGGCAUUUACUACGUGUUACAAACUUAAAAGACAUGAAGAAUCUCAUCAAGGAAGGAAAGACUUCCAGUGCGACUACCCAGACUGCGGUAAGAGAUUUGCUACAUCAUAUAACUUGAAAUCUCACAAGAAAUCUCAUGAGAAGCCAUGUGAGCCUUGUUUAGAACCAGGGUGUAACAUGAAAUUUCCAAACCGUAGACAGCUGAACCUUCACAUGAAAACACAUAAUGGAUCUGAAAAGAAAUACAAGUGCCCAGUAGAUGGCUGUGACAAGACUUUCUUCUCUCCUCACUGUAUGGGGUCACACCCACGUACACAUCAACAGGACCGGGAUUUUCGGUGCAAUUAUGAGGGCUGUACCAAAGUGUACUCCACUGCCUGUCGCCUCAAGCAGCAUAUGAGAUCUCAUACAGGAGAAAAACCUUUUGUCUGUUACUUUGAAAAUUGUGGAUGGGCAUUUACUACUGCCAGUAAAUUGCGUCGACAUCAAGCCAAACAUACAGGACUGCGUAAAUGGAAAUGUCCGGUGGAAAACUGCGGCCGAGCUUUCAUGAGGUCAGAGCACCUAAAAGGUCACAUGAUUACACACAGUGGGAAGAAACCAUUUUCAUGUCCUGUUGAAGGAUGCACUGCAAAGUUUGUUGCCAAAACAAGCCUGAAGGUUCACAUGAAUCGGCAUGAAAAUCAAAAAGUGGAGAAGAUAGCGUAUCACUGCCCUAUAGAGGGAUGCAUGAAGAAGUACUUUUUAAAGUCCAAGCUGCGGGAACACAUGGUUCAGAAACACUUAAGCAGUAUUUCCAGUAAUGGACAGGUCACUCAACUGGACCUGGAGCCACUGCUGGGGGGAGAGUUACAGGACAUAGGAAUGAUGACCUCAAACACAGAUGCCAAAACUGUCAUCCAGACAGUUCAAAUCAACAAUCCAGGAGGAAGCCAAAACCUAGAACAGUCAGUCCAGGCAACAGAACCAAAGACUACGAUGGCUAUGCUGACCAUUCCUGCAUCAGAGCAAAUGACCAUUGACCCAUUAGAAUUCAUCACCAAUCCCGCAGAUUCUUCUGGAGAGAUUCCACAGAUCAGCCAGGCUGUUCUGAAUCAGCUGAUGUCGGGGUUAGAGAAACCGGAGCCAACAACCAAUCAAACAGCCCCCCACACUCAAAGCAUGGCUGGUCCAGUGGUAUUGGAGAAUAACAGUGGAUCUGCGCGGACUGAUUACCUCAGUAAUCACAACCUGAGCUAUCGAGCCAGACAAAGGAGACAACUCCUGAAGGAGAAAACCUCCACUGCUGUAGAGAGUCAGGACUACACAGACCAGGAGAAUUCUGAAGAGAGUUUGCUGGCACAGGCUUCGUCAGUUUUCCUUUCUCCCGAGGAGGCGCCAUCUUUCAGUGCCUCCGCAGACCAUGUGACCUUCAGCCCCCCGGCUGACUCCCUUUCCUCCCGAGGGAUCACCUUUAGGGACCCCGAGACAGGGGUCAUGUACGUACAGACACAGCUGUUACAGGAUGACCCUCCUAGUACAGUUACAGAUUUAUAUUCAGAUGAACAAGUGUUGGGAAGUGAAAUUUCAGAUCUAACUGAUAAUUCUUCCACUAGUCUAGACCAGUCAAUUCAAGAUUCAGAGUUUACAGGGUCAACUAUCAACUUUCAAGACCUCCAUUAACCAGAGAGAUUUAAAGGACUUGAAUGUUCACCGGAUAUUGUAGACAGUGAUUUGUUAUUGUGAAACAUACUGCAUAUCCAUUGCCUGUUGACUGUGCUAAAGAACAUGUUCAUCUAUGUGGUGCAAGAUGUAACAGUAUUUUACAGGGAUUGAUAUGUAUGCAGAAUGUCUUGUCCAAUGUUAUUUUACAUUUCUGCAUGCAGAUCAGCAAUAUAGGGCAAAUACUGGAACUUUUUGAUUUUUUUGUUUAUUUGAUAGAAUUUAAGUGAACUUUAUCCAUUUGCUUCCAAAAUGUGCUCUUCGAACAAUUUCAAUCUCUGAGGACAUAAUACAUAAAAAGUACAAUAUAUACAUGUAACAAGGUCUGUGUUUACAGUUUUAUAUCAAGUUUAAUUCACAUACUAGGACUGAUUUUUUUUUAAUAAAGUACUAUGACAUGCAUAAAAGUGCUAUAAAAAAAGGUAAGAUUUGCAGAAAUUCAAGCAAUGUACAGUAUAUAGAGCUGCUUGCCUGCAUUUAUUAUUUUCAAUACUAUCUGCUUUAGGUAAUCGUUGUGCAUUAUAAGAAGUUUUAUUAAAUGUCGGUAUAAAAUAAAACAAGUUUUACUGAAAAAAAACCUUGCUGGCAUAUAUUGUAUUAAAUCUUGCUUUAUCCAAUUGAAUCUAUCAAACAAUUUAAUGCUCCGUCCAUCUAGAAAUGCUGCUGUAUUUUUCCAAAAUAAACAAAUACUUCUAAAUUUAGGCAAAAAUUUCAUUUCAAAGUUCUUCACAAAUUCUAUAGAUAUUGGAGGAGGUGAAAAUAUAGGAAAUUGACACAGAAUUCCAUUAGUUUGGACUUAUUUUGUGGUAGAGUGGAUUACUUUUUGAGUAGUGUUAAUAGGCCUCUAUUUUUGUCCGUUACUCAAUGAUGUUAUACAGCAAUGUCUGUGUGAAUAUUGUAAUUGCUUGUUGUUAAAUUGUUACUGUAAUAAAAUCAGUAAAGUACUAGUUA